GUGCAUUACACUUGUGUGCUAACAGGAAGUUUUCUGGCACUGACUGGAAUGUUGUUGGAGAAGCAGUUUGGCAAAGAUGAGCGGAGGCAUUCCUGCAGUUGAUAGACCCACGAUGCAUGUGAGACAUGACCAACAAGGCCCCUUGGGAUAACUCGAGCAGAAUGUGCAGCAUGGAGCCAACAGCCGGCUGCUCCCCCACAGUUCCAGAGCCAGAACUGUACCGCAGCAUCCAGGCUGUGCUGCCCAGGGAAGCUGACAACCAGCAGCCCAUAGACUGUUUCAACAAAGGCAUGCUGAGAUGGACGCUUCAUAAGAAGGUUCAAAACAAUCCUGCCAACAGCUUAUCUCUGGUGUGGGUGCUGAUAAAGGAGCUGGAGAAGGCUGAGAGAUGGGACUCUCGCAAAUGCAUCAUCCCUCUGCUCCACACUCUCAUGUAUGCCAUCAUCCAGACAGCCUACAUUCCAGAUGAGCUGUACAAGCGGGUUUACGACUUUUGUAAGAGACUCCUGACCUACCCUCAUCCCUAUUGCACCGUAGGACUCAGCUACACAAAACAGAUAAAAAGUGAACGCUCCAUCCCAGGUCUGAUGUACCAGAGGAUGGUCACAGCAGAGCAGAGACUAAAAAAUGAGCACUAUCCCUUCCAGGAGAGGGUUUUUGUUUUGGCUGAUCCAGAGGUCUUCUCUGGUUCCCUGGGACAAGUCCUGCUGGGUGAUAUUGAGGCGUCAGCUUCAUCUUCAGCUUCAGGUGGAUUUCUAAGUCCUCUAGAUCUCAUGCGCAGUGUGGUCCAACACUCGAUCCAGGCUGCUUUGGGAUCAGAACAAUGCCAUGGGUCGAAACUGGCUCAGGCCCUGAAGGACAUGGGUCAAGACGUUGAGCCGUACUUUCAGGAAGUGUUGGUGACUCUAGAGCAGAGCGUGGAGGAGGGCGGCAGAGGGGAGAGGGGAGCGCUGAGAAGCCGACUUCAGCAGCUGUACAGCGAGAUCGUCACUGACACAGUCUCAGAGCCAUUGUCCAGUGGACCACUGUGUGACUGCCCCCUUCCUAACCCAGAGAUGAGCUUCCACCUGUGGACGGAGGAUCUGGAUAUCUGGCGAGAGUUGGCCAAGUGGUUUCGAUCCAGCUCCAUGUCGGAGCAGUUCAACCUCAACCAGGAGCAGGAGGACUUUGACCUGGGUGAGUCGCCCAGCGACCUGAUGCCGUCUGACAUGACUCGCUUCUCCGUCAUGUCCAAUGAUAGUGGCAUUGAAAGAGACCUUCCCCCCAGCACGGAUCCCUCCCCAUCUCUGGACACUCCCAGCAUGAGUACAUCAUGGGAACAAUGCAAAAGUGAGCAAGAGUCGGGAAAGCUGUCACGGCGUGGAGGAAUCAAGAUGAAACCGUCUGUGAAGGACAGCAUGGUGCUGAUGCAGGAUACCCUCGAGGACCAUGCAAGCCUCGGAGGAGGAGGUGGAGGGAGGGGAGGAAGAAGAGGGGCGACUCUGCAGAGGCGGGCAGGAAGCAGCACCAUGCAGAACCCAUUCACUAAACAGCAGAGACACUUUACUGCCAGAAUAGUCGUUAUGGGGGACGACAGGGUGCUGGGCCGCCUGGCCAAGGCCUACUACUUCUUCAGGAAAAGGGAAGCACGGAGGCUUUUUCUUACAAUGAAAGUCAACCUCCAGUUUUACUACAUCCCUGUUUGCAAGGCUCCAACUCACAUCUCCUCUGUCAAGGAAAACCAUCCCAGCAAUCAGUUCAAGGGGAAUCCCUGCACUCUUGGUUCCUACUUGAGCAUGGUGGACCCGUGGUACAACUGUAACAUCAAGAGUUUAGGCUCCAUGAUCCCCAAACUGGCUAAGAUGCAACAGGCGAACACAGGGAGGCCAAAAGACCCCUUCAUCUCUGAUGUCAUUUCCUACUAUGUCCGUACGGGCCAGCAGCCUGUUUAUUUCAGCAUCUACUUUGUUAAGCUCACAUUCACCAGCAUGACGAAGGAUCCUGUGGAAGAUGUGUUCCUCACCAAUCUGGAGAUGGAGUUUCCUGAGUUCAGACAGAUUUCAGCAUCAGUUAGAGAUAAACCUAGGAAGAGCUCAGGGGAGGUACCUGGAGCUGUUGUCUCGAUGAAUUACAAAAAGGUGACAUUAAGUGGCCGUGACAUUGACAAAGGAAUCUCAUUUAGGACUUCAGGCUGUCAGAUCAAUGCUAUUCCCUCCAGUGAAGCAGAAGAUCUGAACUGUUUGACGCUGACUUUGAAUGAGUCUCUAACCAAAACUAAAAACAGCAUUGUGGAGUCGAAGAUUCGGACCAGCAACAUCAAGAUUCGCACUUUGGAGAGUCGAUCUUUCACCGUCACACUGGACAGAGAUUGUCGCAGGACCUACAGAGAUGUGCAGAGCAUCGAGAUCGCCCCGUGUCUUGAUCCCGGAUACUGUGUCCAGAAAACCAUGAGGUCCAAAUUCAAGGUGGGAGAGGACAAAAACCCGGGACUGAGCAAAUACAUGAGCAAAGGACUUCCUCUACCAAUCAACACAUUUGCUGGAAUCAUCAACUGACAGGAUGGAGUAACAGGAACUUGAGAAUUAAGACCAUCCACACUGUGUUUUGAUAGCAGGAAUGGUCGUUGCUUCUGUGAUAAUAGAAGUCCAGCUUGACACAGGAAGAGACAAAAUCAUAUUUGAGUCAUACUGAGCUGCUCCUGAAACCAAACAGUUUUAGCUCUGACUGACUGUAAAUCAGAAAGCAACAGAUACAACACAUACUGUGCUGGUGUCAACUCUUGCAGGUGAUGAAACAAACAGUCAGCUGCGUUAACAGUAACAGAAACAAAGUUUUAUCAUACUGCAGGGUAUGACUGAACUCUUAACAGUGUUUCGCUUUGCAUACUUUAAGACAGUCAGUCAGUAUAUGCAGAUUGGAAUAAUGCAAUAAGAACAAUAUUGCAAGUGACACUGGAGAGACUGGCAGGGAAAAACAAGUAAGCAAAGAUGUGCACAUGUAUACAGCGAGAGAUUUCAGGACUACUGAUAAUUAGAUCACUAGUCGUAACAUUAUCAUUAAAACUUUGCAGGCGGUCUGGAAAAUCUGCUUCACAAAGUCACUGCUUAGUGAAGCAGAUUUAAAGGGUUGAUCGUAAGUUACUUUACUUCAUAGAUACACUACCUUUGACUGUCUCCUUGACAUACAAACGCACUCACACACACACACACACACACACACACACACACACACACACACACACACACACACACACACACACAGUAUACACAAAAGAAUAUUGACACACCCACCUGGCCUGUCAGCUAUCAAUACAUUCAGAUUGUUCAAAGACUGGUACGAUGACAGCUGACAGUCCACUGAUGCCUUUGUCUAAGCUGAAUAAUUCAAAUAACUUUUUAUUCCUGUACCUGUUACAUAUUGUAAGCUGUUAUAAAGGUGCAAAUGAUUGACGUUAUCCUUGGGUUUAGUGUUUUGGCUAGAACCACACUAUGUUGAGUGCAGAAGCUAGAACCACGGGCAAUGUCAGAUAUUACUACAGAACAGAAGUGGCUUUUAUGUUUUACAGUAUCAGACAGAUUAGGAUAAUGCACGGGCCAAGCUACAGAUAAUAGCUGUUAGACUUCAGACUGGUAACUUUCUCUUCAGACCCUCUGUGUACUAACCACAAUUGCAAGAGUGGUCUUGUUUCAUGCUUGAUAUUAUGCAAGACAUAGACGUGAGCUUGGGGACACAAAAACGAAACUUGCACUAAUUCCAGUAAACGUCUCACACGUGUCAGCUUUUAGGUGUGAAAAUCACAUGUCAUAAGUAUGAAAACUUUCCCAUAACACACACUCAUAUCUAAAUUUUAGACGACCAUCCAUGGAACAGAUAAAGGUCUUGGUGUUUUUUGUUUUUUUUUGUACUAUAUACUUAUACUAUAAGUACUAUAUUACACAUUCAAAAAUAGCUCAGGAGCCUAUUUUUGAUGCAACCUCUGUGAUCAGGGACAAUCUCCGGGCCAACAGCUUCAGGAACUGGAAGUGAUGUGUUAUUGGGCGCAUAACAUAAAAUCAUCAGUGUGUGUGUGUGUGUGUGUGUGUGUGUGUGUGAGAGUGAGAGUGAGAGUCAGUGUGUCUCCUGAUCUGGCAGGGUAAUUUCGUGAGUUGGAAAUUCAGUCAGUGUUGCACAUUAUUUUCAUGUUCUGUUAUAUGUAAAGAGAA